AUGAAUUUUAAUUUAUCACUAUAUUUUCAAGAUUUUAAUUCCUUCAAGGAAAGAUUCCUCUGAAGUAGCAAAGGAAGCAGAUUCUUCUACUCAAAGUUGUGCAAGGUUGAAAAUGCCGAAGGAUGAAAUUUCAACACCUGAAUACAUUUUCACUACAAAUUCUGGAGCUUUGCCAGGAAUAAUUUUUAUAAAUUUCCCUGACAUCUCUCAUAUGCCAAUGCAAUUAGUUCUGGCUGAUAUUUAUCAUCUACAGGAUGUUAUAGAGUAAUUCAAAAUUCUUGAAUGAAUGUGAGGUAUCCAAAGAAACAGAAGAAGUAAAUCCUCUUAUGAAAUAUAUGAACCACUCUCAAUACACCAUUUCCUACUCACAAUGGUCAUUGCUGAAGAAGAGAAGGCGAAUGAACACCAAAAAUAUGAGAAUGGAGUUUAUCCAAAAAUUAUACUACAAGGAUUCAGAUGAGGAUUACAUAAAAGCUGUGAAUGCAUUCCAGCCUUAUCUUUUCAUGACUCCUACUCAUUUCAACACUGACAAGACUAGUAAGAAGAAUAGAGACAAUCUGUGAAGGCAAGCAAGGAGUACAUCUCUUUAGAUCUUGUAUCUAAUCUCCCAAUUAACAAACAAAUUUUCAGUAAUCUUUUAGAAAAUCCCAUAUGGUGCUGACCAUCGGUGUUGAGGGGUAGUACAGGGUGAUAUCUCCGAUUAUUCAUGAAAAGAUUGAAGAAUUUAAUACUAGCAUCUCUAGGUACUUCUUUAAUGUACACUCGUUAAAAGCAAGACCAGAAAUACUAUAUUCAACCAAUUUUAUGAAAAUUCCCAGAGGACACCAAACUUAGAGUGCUUAAGAUCACUGGUAAUCCGGUAAACGUGCAGGAGAAUCUCCUUCUAAAUGGAAUUUAUCUCUUUGAAGCUAGAUAUUCCAUUGAUAUUAGUGAAAGGAAUCUUUGUUUGGAUAUUCAGACCCCUAAUAUCCGAAGAGUCGAGUAGUGAAGUAACUAAAGAAGAGUUUACAAAUGAGAGUCUACCUAGUGGUGUUAAGUAACAGAAGAUUCUUGACUUUAGCAGAAAGGGCUUUUAGAAAAGACUCAACUGUUCUAACUGAAGGUAAUGAUUGCCUAGCAACAAAUUCCAUCAAUCGGGCUUAUAUAUAUCAUCUACUGAACUUCAAGGAUAAGAAUGGCACUAUUUUGCUGAUUCUUCACAAUCUCCAUAUAAAAAUAUAUC